GAGGGGAGUUGUGAUCACUUUCACAUACAUCUCCAAUACCUGCAGUCUUUAGUUCCUUUUGAUCAGUCUAGUCCAAACAAUGGCGGCCUCGGAAAACGAGCAAAUUUCAGUUGAUAUGAGCGAUGACAAAGAACCUCAGUUCGAACAAGUUACAUACAAUUGGGUGGAUAUUACUCAGGAAUUCUUCGAUGCCAUAACAGAUCUUGAGCUUGGAGAGCUUCUUCAUGAUGAGUUAUUCGGCCUCUUCGAGGCAAUGUCUGCGAUCGAGAUGAUGGAUCCAAAAAUGGACGCUGGAAUGCUGUGCAAUCGUGGGAGUAAUAAGCCCUAUACGUUUGAACAGGCUGUUGAGUCUGGAUCAAUUCGUCUUGAUAAUUUGACUCCAUCAGAAGUCAUUGGUAUCAUUGAUUCAACUUACGCUUGCAUUGUGUCGUGGCUGGAGGGUCACAGUCUGGCCCAAACUGUCUUCACUAAUCUCUACUUGCAUCAACCAGGACAAAUUGUUGAUAAACCACUGAAGACAUUCUGUUAUGCUGUUUAUAAAAUUAUAGAAGUUAUUAAAGAUGCCAUCAAUAGAGCUAUGGUUUUCGAGGAGGAAGAUUUCCAGAGUGUUACUUACGGGUAUAAGCUCCAGCAGGACAUUACUGAGCAAAAAACAGUAUCAAUGCUGAAAGAGGUUGAAGAGGAGCUCCAUAGAAAAAGUAGAAUAAAGCCUGUCAAUGAAGAGACUGAAAGAGAGUAUAACGAUGGCCUCGCCUUGUACGCCCGAAUUAGAUUCACAAAAAUGUUCUACCAGACACUGUCACUGAUGGGAAAGAAGGAAAAUCUCGCGCAAAAUCUCAUCGAAUGUCAACGCCUCCUAUCCAAUUGCUCAGAGAUGAUUCAAGUGAUGUUAAGGACAGUAAAUAGAGGUGAGAAAUUCGAUGAGAUGUCGAAUCACCCCACAAUGAUGGGUUUCGACCCCAUGGUCAAUCAGAGACUGCUUCCCCCCACAUUUCCUCGUUACACGAAGAUAAAACCGAGAAUAGAGGCUUUGGAGUACAUAGACGAAUUAUUGAAUAGAUUGAAGACAGUAACGAAGAUAACAAGUUGCAAUGGCUUCCACAGUUCUCUGGAUUUUUUCCUAGAAUUUUCCAGAACGAGUCCGUGUAUUCUGUCCAGAUCAAUGCUGCAAAUUGUAUAUUUACCCGGUGGAAACAGAGUUUUCGGGGUUAAUACAUUCAUGGAUUUUCUGAAGGACGCUGCAAGAAAUUUCUCAGCUCCACCAGCUCUGUUAGCUAGAAGUACUCUCCUGCAGAAUCACCAAGCUAGAGAAUGUGUUGAGUUAUUUUUCUAUCACUGCACCUCGUUAUUCGGCAGUUUAUUGCAACUGAGUGGGCACAAUAGGGCGAGACAGAGGGAUAAGCUGGCACAUUUGCUCGAGGAUUUUGCAACUCUCCAUGACGAGGCAGAUCGUGUUGAUCGACACUUGAAUACAUUAUCCCUGAAAAAUGACUCUUCACGCUCUCAUUUAGCAUGCUUUGGUACAUGGAUUUUUUAUCAUACCCUGAGAGUUAUGGUGAUGUAUCUGCUGAGCGGAUUUGAAUUGGAAUUAUACUCGGUUCAUGAGUAUCAUUAUAUUUACUGGUACCUUUAUCAGUUUCUCUAUGGUUGGCUAGUGUCUGCAUUGACUCGAGCCGAUUCAUUCCUCAUGGAGCAAGACAUUCAUAGUGAGAUGCACAAAGGGAGGGGUGGCAAGAAGAGUGCUAAGAGCAAAAAGAAAAAACUGCCACCAAGGCCUUACAGUUUGGAAAUACUGAUGUAUCAGGUGUUGCAGAAUCUUUGUGGGGGAUAUUUUAAGGCUCUAGUGGGAUUCAGAAUGGAUGGAAAGAUUCCCUUUCCAGAGACACAAUUUGACUCGGAGAGGGUUAGGUAUGAGCACAGGCUGUUGCCUUUUUCCUCGUUACUCAUUCCUCCAGCUGCUGGCUAUCAAAAGUUCCUGGAGCUCACUGACUCUCAUGUCGAUAGGAAAAACGAGGCUGUUACUAGUGAAAUGCAAUAUUCCUCUGCAUGCAGACACUUCCAUCGUGCUAAAAACAUGCUGGACUGUGCACAAACUCUAUGUCAAGACAGGAAUCCCACCACAGCUAAUGAGAUUGUCGAUCUUCUAAAAGUAACUAAAACGAAUUUUAUCGUUGUGAAACUGCUGGCUGAUGGUCACAAGAGAGACUCAAAAGAGCCCCCAGUCUUCGAUUUUUCAUGUCAUCAACAUUUUCCAAUAAUUAAACUUGUAUGAAAUUAGUUCAGGUGACCCACUGACUCCCCAUUCAUUUUAGCUUCAGUAGUUAUGGUAUAUUACAUUGAAAUCAAAUCUAGUAAUUUAUUUUUUAUGAAUUGUGAAUGAAAUGAUUGCGAGCGAGUACGCGAGAGAGAUUGGCUCACUAGCAUCUCAGUCCAUUACCACAUUUGUUCUGUGUAAAAAUCAAUUCUUCGAUUUCAUAAUUUUUUAAAAACUUAGCGAGUCGUGUUGAGCGCGAACCAAAAGAUGCAACGCUAAAUCCAAAAAAAGAAAAGAAAAGAAAAUUAAACUCUAAUGUGAAAUAGAAAUAUAGAAUCAUAUAAAUAAUGUAAAUCGAUACUACAGAUGAAAUUAUAAACAUAUUCAGAAACUGCCUUCAACUCUCUCGAGUGAAGAAGAAAUAAAUCGAAAUUGUCAACGAGCAAUAUUGCCUUUUAGU